AUGGCGGUGCCGCUGCGGUUGCUGUCCGCGCUCUGCACCGCCGCGCUCGUCCUGCCGCCGCCCGCCGCCCCGCGCAGGGCCCCGCGCUGCGGGCCGCCCUGCAGCUGCUGGCGGGAGUCCGCGCUGUGCGUGGGGGCCGCGGGGGCGCCGCGCAGCCUGCCCGCCGGCCUGGGCUCCCUGAGCCUGGUCAACGGGACCUUCUCCGAAGUCAAGGACAGGAUGUUUUCCCACCUGCCCUCCCUGCAGCUGCUCUUGCUGAACUCCAAUUCCUUCACUAUUAUACGAGAUGAUGCCUUUGCUGGUCUCUUCCAUCUAGAAUACCUAUUCAUUGAAGGAAACAAAAUUGAAACCAUUUCAAGAAAUGCAUUUCGUGGCCUUCGAGACCUGACUCACCUUUCUUUGGCCAAUAACCACCUCAAAGCCCUGCCAAAGGAUGUCUUCAGUUAUUUAGAUUCUUUAAUUGAACUAGAUUUAAGGGGAAAUAAAUUUGAGUGUGACUGCAAAGCCAAGUGGUUGUUUUUGUGGUUAAAGAUGACAAAUUCCACUGUUUCUGAUGUCCUGUGUAUUGGUCCAGCAGAAUAUCAGGAUAAGAAGUUAAAUGAUGUGACAAGUUUUGAUUAUGAAUGCAUCACUACAGAUUUUGUUGUUCAUCAGAUUUUGCCCUACCAGUCCGUUUCAGUGGAUACAUUCAACUCAAAGAAUGAUGUGUUCGUAGCCAUUGCACAGCCCAGCAUGGAGAACUGCAUGGUGCUGGAGUGGGAUCACAUUGAAAUGAAUUUCAGGAGUUACGACAAUAUCACAGGUCAGUCUAUAGUGGGAUGUAAAGCCAUUCUUGUUGGUGACCAAGUCUUUGUGGUGGUGGCACAGCUCUUUGGUGGCUCACACAUUUACAAGUAUGAUGAAAGCUGGACAAAGUUUGUCAAAUUCCAGGAUAUUGAAGUAUCUCGAAUUUCCAAGCCAAAUGAUAUAGAGCUUUUUGAGAUAGACAGUGAAAUGUUUUUUGUCAUAGCAGAUAGCUCUAAAGCAGGUUUGUCAACAGUGUACAAGUGGAAUAACAAAGGAUUUUAUUCGUAUCAGUCCCUUCAUGAGUGGUUCAGGGACACCGAUGCUGAGUUUCUUGAUAUAGAUGGGAAAUCACAUUUAAUUCUCUCAAGCCGUGCCCAGGUUCCCAUUAUACUCCAGUGGAACAAAGUCUCCAAAAAGUUUGUCCCACACAGUGAAAUCCCCAACAUGGAAGAUGUCCUGGCUGUGAAGAGUUUCAGGAUGCAAGAUAACCUGUACAUCACACUCACGAGAUUCAUUGGUGACUCCAGAGUUAUGAAAUGGAAUAGCAAACAGUUUGUGGAGAUACAGGCUCUUCCAUCCCGAGGAGCCAUGACACUGCAGCCUUUCUCCUUCAGGAACAAUUACUACCUAGCCUUGGGAAGUGACUAUACCUUCUCCCAGAUUUACCAGUGGGAUGGUGAAAAGAAGAUAUUCAGAUUAUUUAAAGAAAUCUAUGUGCAAGCACCACGAUCUUUCACAGCUGUGUCAACAGAUCGAAGAGAUUUUUUCUUUGCCUCUAGUUUUAAAGGAAACACUCAAAUAUUUGAGCAUAUCACCAUUGACUUGAGUUCAUGAAAAGCUGCUGGAGUGAAAUUUAUGUAGAAUGACAUUUAUACACAAAAUAAACAAAAAGAGACCUUUCCAAAAUCAGGGUGCACCUGUGGACUAUGAUGACAUUUUCUGAACUUUUCAAACUUGCAUAUUAAUCAGGGACUGCCUUUACUUGGUUACUGCAUGACAUGUCCAUUUUAUCCUUUUUCCAAGACAUUUUGCAAUCUGCACUCAUUCAAAGAGCAGUGCAGUGCAGGAUUAAUAUUGACAUCUAAGAGAAUGAUCUAAAUUUUGUUCAGAAAACUACCUUGAAUUGAACAUCUCCUAAAAGAAAGUGAAGAGUAAGCCAUACAAAGCAUAGAAAUUAUCUUGACUCCUAAACUAACAUGUUAGUAAUGAUUUUAAUACUAGAGCCAGUUCUUCAUGGUUAUUGAUGAAUUGUAAAAACAAACAGGAACAUUCCAGAAUACAUUUUAUUUUGGUUUCUUGAGGUCUGCCUUUGUGGUUUGUAGUAAAUCUGAGGCAUUGUUUUAAUUCAUUGUAGACUAGAGAGUAAGUCAAAAUCAAUUGCCAUUUUUCUUCCAUUCACUUUUUCAGCAUUAAAAUGUGCAUAACAGGUAGCCCAGCCCACAGUAACUGGGUAGCCAGGAAAAGAAGAGUGUGUCACUUUCAGACUACAAGGUCUUAACCAGUUAAUACAGACAGAAAAUGCCAGAGGUCUGCGUGAUGCCAUGAACGAAUCCACUCUCUGUUUUAAUAGGUAUUCCAGAAAUCCAUCCUAAUUCAUUCUGCCCUAAUUUAUGCUUUUCCUGAUGAUCCUAAUAGAUUCUGGGUGUUUUAACAUGUUAUUCUGUUGUGACCUCUCAUUCCAGAAGGCAAACCUUAAGCUUAGCCUGAAACACGUCUACAUUUAUGCACUCCAUGUUGUAGCUCAUCUGUGCACAAUGAGAUGAUUUAUUCUCUAGUGUUCUCCCCCCAGCACAGUUCACAAGCAAUAAGUUCAGAUUUGGGUCAUCACAAGCUGUAUUUGGGGAAUCCUCCUUCUGUCUUAACUCUAACUGUGACUUCAGUAUUACCAAGUCAUUUGAAACCAAGGCAGUUGGAGCUGUUUCAGGCUAGAGCUGACCCUGCCUCCGAGAAGGAUUUCCACUUGGUGGGUCCAGCUUUUUGCCAGAUUGCCAAUUCCUUGAAGGUUAAACAGGAGGAUGUGGACAGUCUGCACUUCUUUAGUGGUUUGGGUGGUUGCAGACCAAGGCAUUCAGUCAUCCUAAGUAGGGCAGUCCUGGCACACAGAGUCUCUCUCAGGAUAACAGAAGGAGCUGUUGUCCUGGAAGGACCCUUCACCAUCCUGGUCCAACAAAAUUGUGUAUUGGAGUUCUUGUUCGUUCAAUUACAAAUAUGUUUCUUGAAGUUUUCAUACCACUUAGCAUUCUGGGUUGUUUCAUUGUGUCUUGCUGCUGCGCUGCUGCCUUGGAUUAUAGGGAGGCUUUGCAUAAAGCAGGUAGAGCAAAAGAAACUGUCUUUUAUUCCUUCAUACUCAGGACUAUUUCACUGUCCCUCUGCUGAAUGAGCUUCACAUUUUCCCCCUGGACAUGUGAAAUAUGGCCUAUUAUCACAAAUAGAGAUGUUCUCAUAGGCUUUCUGAUAUCCAAGGCAUGAAGUAUGCUGCAGAAGGGGAUUAUGUAUAAGGGCUCCUGUGAGGAGUCAUAACCUACAAGUGACCUGGCAUAUUACAGUCCUCCCCAACUUUUGCCUCUCUGCUAUGAAAUAAAGUUAUCAGUGGCCUGUCAGAGACAUAACUCAUUCUGUUCCUAAAUUACCUGCUAUUUUUUUUUCCUACAGAGGUGCUCAACCUGGUUUUGUUUUUAACUACACUGGCAUCCUAGCCCAUCCAGCCCUCUGAAGUAGCAAGCGCUGCCCUCCAAAUCCCAAUGCAGUGUCGGUCCCAGUGGUUCAAUCAGACCAGUAGAUGCAAAGAAACCAUUUGCAGUAUGUUUUAGCAAUACUUCUCCUAGGAUUAAGAAACAAAACAGAGAUUCCCUGCCAGGGAAUGCAACUUCUUACCAUGUUACCAGUGGAUAUGGCUGGCAAGCAGUGUUUAUUUAACCUGCGUUGUGGGAAAGCAUUUCGUGUUGCUUUUUUAUUGAGCGUGCAAGUUUAAACAGAGUUAGAUACUCUGACAAGGGGGGCAUUUCUCAGUGCACCAGCAUUUGCUUUUAAGGCUCACUAUGAGUACAAGUCACUCAGCAAAGGGCAUCAGAGUGGAAGGCUGGUUUAGAGAAAUUGGAUCCUGGCAUUUUUAACUUGAAGGGUAGCAAGAGGAUGGUGGAAAAGGGCCUGUGUAUUGAACACCAGUAGAUUGUACUCUUUCAAGAGCCAAGGGGAUUUUGAGACUUGGCUAUCAAGUUGAAUUAAAUUAAAAUGGUCUCUGCAGAGACUGGCUUAAUAAAGAGGAUAAAGUGAUCCACAGGAGUCUAGCUCAUUCACAUGGGACUAGGAGAAGAGAGUGAGGGAAAUAAAUUCUGCUGGCAGGCUGCCGCUUCUGCUGAGUAGCUCUGUUGGUUGGUCAGAAAGCCCAGCUCAGCAUCCCUCACGGCCCAAGGAAGAGCCUGGAGUCAGGCACUGGCCUGCCUGCUCUGCUGAGUUCAUACACAGGAGGUCAAAGAAGCUAAGAGGGAGGACAAAAAGGACCAGUUGAUAAAGAAAAGGUUACAGUACUUUUCACAGGAUUAAACAAAGGCAGGAUCUCAAAAAGAGCCUUGGUCUGCUCUUUCUGCUCCCAAGGAAAAGCUGCAGGAUGCAGCCAUAAUAACAGAAAUCACUAAUCGUCAAAAAUACUUUCUGCCUUUCCAAAUGCAACAGCAGGAUUGUCUCUAUGACCUAUAUUCUGUAAUAGAAAUUGGUUUGAAUAGUAAAUAAAAUAUUCAUAUCCAUAAUUCAUUUCAACUGUUAGACCAUCAAGACAGUGAGAAAAGAAAACAGAACAUGCCAACUGACAAUUUUUAAUAUAUUCUAAAAUACAUAAAUCUAUGUAAAGAACAGUAGUUUAUAUAAGCAUCAAUUUAAUAUGUGCUAGCUACAGCAGGAGCAUUUUAAGGCUGUAUAUACAUUGAGCUUUUUUUAGUAAAGAGGAGCUGGUGCAAUCUAUGCUGCUGACACAUGUAUGUACUCUUUCAGUAUAUGAAUAAAAUGUAGUUAAUGAGACUAA